AUGAAUCCGCAAGACCGUUUGUCGCUGGUAAAAAAGGUAGGCGUGUGUACAGCAUGUCUAAAUUCAGGUCAUGAAGUUGCAGCCUGCAAGUCAAACUUUCGCUGCCUGGUUUGCGAGGCCAAUCACCACACAUCGUUACACGAUGCCUUUCGGGAAGAUCAACCAUCGUCAUCCAAGGCAAAUAUAAUUACACCGAGCACGAGUGCUGCUUAUACGGUCCGAUCUCAACGGGUGAUUUUGUUGGCAACCGCGCGGGUCCGCUUGGAGUCGACUGAGGGUCGCACUUUAGACGUCAGGGCUCUUUUAGAUCCAGGCUCUGAGUCGUCAUUUGUUAGCGAGAAGGUCGCGCAAUCGCUCCAGCUACAGCGGAAAAGUGUGAGGGUGUUACUCACCGGUUAUCAGGAGAAGAGCGUCGGGAUGGCCAAACACGAAGUCUCCGUCGAGCUUACGUCCUGCGCAGACAGCGACUUCCGCAUCACUCUUAACGCGUUGGUGACAAGGAAAGUCACCUCUCCAACUCCGUCUCAUCCAGUGGAGGACCAUCCAUGGAUUCACAUGCGGGGAUUGCCGCUGGCCGAUCCGGAGUUUAGAUUACCACGUAGAGUCGACGUACUUCUUGGAGCUGACGUUUGUGGGUACCUUUUCUUGGAAAAUAAGGUAGGCCCUCCUGGAACUCCGUCGCUGGUCCGCACGCCGUUUGGAUGGUCCCCUUUGGGGCCGGUUUCGACCUCCGACGAUCCAGCUUCAGGGGUGGCUCGGGUGCAACUCAUCCGAGGCCUGGAUGAUCUCCGAAACGACCUGCAAAGAUUUUGGGAGCUUGAGGAGGUCCCUUCGAAGUCUCCGUGGAGCCCUCAAGACACAGCUUGUGAGGAGUAUUUCAAGGAAACGCACUCACGUGAUGAACUAGGUCGUUACGUGGUGCGGCUCCCAUUUCUGAAGGCUACACCCGAAGACAUCGGAGUACCGCGACGUGCCGCUCUUCAACGGUUUCUGGCUGGCGAACGAAGAUGGGAGAAGGACUCCUUUUUGCAAACAUCUUAUGCGGGCUUCAUGGAGGAGUAUCGGAGACUGGGCCACAUGGAACCAGCCUCCAAGUAUGAUGUCGCUAACGCCAACUACCUGCCUCACCAUGCAGUCUGGAAAACCACCGGGCAACAGACCUUCGCUGAACCAGGCUCUUGCGUCAGGACCACGUCUGCAGUCCGACCUUUGGCUGGUGCUCACUCGGUGGAGGUUCCCGAGAUGCGUAUUUUCUACGGACAUAGUAAAGAUGUUCCGUCAGAUAGCCGUCCAUCCUGA